GGUGUCGCCAAAUUCAUCAUUUCCGGUUUCUGCGAGAAGAUAAACAACGUCAACGAAUUUUCUCUAACUUUUUAAAAAGAUGUUAGCCGUAUUUUAGCGGCAAAAUUCCCCAGUUAUGGUGCUACACAAGAAGAAUGGAUGAUAGACUUCUCUGCCGCGAUGUUUCCCCCACCUCCCAAGACUUUGGAUCCUCCUCGGGAAGCAAUUCCAGCAGCACGGGAGAGGAGGAACGUUUGCGUCGACUUUUCAACAGUUGUGAUGGAGAUGGCGACGGAUUCCUGUGCAGUGAUGAUUUCAUCUACAUGUGUCGCCAACUGAAUAUGGAGGAUAUGGCCCAAGAAAUCAUGGAACAGCUUGGUCUACAGUCACAAAGCAAGAUCACCUUGCAGGACUUUCUGAGGUUCAGAGGCCAGGUACAAAAUGAGGAGUUAGAUGUAAGUCUUGGAGUGGAGGAUCAAGGAAUUGAUUCUGAUUUGAGUGGGGCUUUACGCAAUCCAGAUAAUGUUACCUCAUGGCCCACUAUGUCCAGUGACAGCUUUGGGGCGUACUCGGGUAAGCCGGAUAGCCUAGAUUAUGACAGUGGGGCUAGAGACAUGAGUCCUGAGCCCGCCAGCUUACAUCAGCUCGUAGAAUCCCAUAAUCCCCGGCUCCUCAGCUUAGCUCAGGACGACAGGCUCGGAACGGAAAUCCUGGAUGUGGCCAACAGGCUCCACCUAGCAGCUUUGACAUCUUUGAAAGGGGAGAUAAUAGAACUAAACAACAGGCUUCAUCAUGUGACCAGUGAGCGGGAUGUUCUAGAGAAACAGAUCAACAGGAUACAGGCAGAUAAAGUGAGACUGCAGCAUGAGUGUGACACAAGGAUUGAGAUCACCACAGGGAGAUAUGAGGAGAGGAUCACAGAACUUCACAGUGUCAUAGCAGAGCUCAGGAAAAAGAUAGAGAGGCACCACAUUAAUGUUAUCAGAGAAGAAGAUGAAUAUGAAGACGCAGCUGUCCAGAGUAACAAAAGUAACGAUGGAGGAAGUCGGGCAGCUAACGAAUCUCAGGCCAGCGGGUUAGAUAUCCUUGGUAAUGACUUGAACACUGAGAUAUCUCGGGUGGUGAAGGCCCUGGAUAAUGUGAUAGAGAAUCAGCCAAUGAAAACAGGGCAGGACACGGUAGAGGAGGGCUGUAAUACAGAGGAGGUGAUUUGUGAUAUCGAGGACAACGAUAGUGUAGAGGAGCUAGCACUACAGGCAUGUAAACAAAUGGAUGCCCUUGACCUUGAAUCUCCCCCUUCACCCCCACCCAGGGGCCUCAGACCGGCCACCUUCCACCCUCCUCCACCACCCCCUCCCAAUGAAUACCCUGACCCUGCCUACCUACAGGAAGUGAUUUAUACCCUCAGGCAGGAUGCCAUGGUGCUGCAGGAAACUGUACAGAGGCAGGAGGCGGAGCUUAAUAUGCAUAGAGCUGCGAUUGGCAGCCUGAGGGAGGAGAGAGACAAAUUAAGGCAGAGGGUGAGGCAACAAAGGGAGAUAAUCUGCAUGAUAAUCGCUAAACGGACAUCAACCCCCACCAAAAAUCAACCACCCCACACACCCACUGAUAGAUCUCAGAUGCCAAACAAUGAAACAUUCCCUGUAGCCAAAGUGGCCGAGCUUAAAAAGCUCAAGACGUGCUCAAACGAGCGCCCCGUGCUGGGCUGUGAACUGGAAUCUGGAGGGCGACUUCCAAACACCAAAGUAGCCGAACACUUGGUACAGAACAUCAAAGAAGGAUCCAACAUGCAGGAGAUUGUUCAGAAUCUCUACACCGAGCGAGGAGAGCUAGGAGAGAGCAAAGUCCAGGAAUUUGAGAUCGAGUUUGAGAGACUACAAAGCAAAAUUGACAGUUUGAAAUCUCAGAACGAUCUCCUUAAUUUGACAUUGAUGGAAUCUAAGUCGUUAUCGGAUAGGUUGUGCAUACUCAUAGGAAAAUACGAGUCCAACAAUACUGCCCUGCAGUUGGCAUUGAAUUAUUCGGAUCAGACUAUUGAGGCUUAUGAUGUUGUGUUGUCGUUGACGGAAAGUGAGUUGGGGUUGACAUUGUCAAACUGUCGGUCAGCCGGGGUUACUCAGGGGCUGAGGAGCUCGGCUCAGACGCAGGAGGAAAUUAACCAGCUGGCUCAGAAAUCUCGGAAUACUCGUAAGACAGCGGAGAACGUGGCCAGGCACCUGAUUCAGAAGCUGGAUAGGAAUUUUGGGGUUAAUCCCUGGGAUGAUAGUUCUACACACACUGCAAGCACCAGCAGUAGUGGUUGUUACUCGGAGGAUUUCUCUAAAGCAGAGGAACAGAAGUUAAGAGAGUACAUCCACCAGCUGAAGACGGAGCGAGCCUCGAUCAAAUCCACCGUGAUGGAGCUGGAGAGUCUGAACAUGGAUGCCCCGAUCACUGAGCCGACGCGACAGACUGAGGCCUGCAGGCUGGAUCUGGAGAACGCAGUACUGAUGCAGGAACUGAUGGCCAUGAAGGAGGAGAAGGCAGAGCUGAGGGCCCAGAACUACCUGCUGGAGAAGGAGAAGAAUGCCCUGGAACUGAGACUGAGUGGAAAGGAGUCCAGGGAACAGGCCUACGUAAUCCAGAUAGAGCAUCUCAAGUCAGAGGUGGAGGAAAGGAAUAAGGAUGCAGAACAGCAGCACUCUGACUCAUCCCCAUUGGCUGAUAAGGCAUCACAUGACCUACCUGAGGGGUCAUCUCAAGACUUGUCUGAGGCUUUACAGAGAGAGAGGAAGCUGAAAUCUAGGGUACAGGAACUAGUGGUGGCUUUGGAGAAAUUGUCCCGGAAUUCUGAGAUACGACAUCAGCAGUCUGCAGAGUUUGUUAAUGACCUGAAGAGAGCUAACAGUGCUUUGAUUGCUGCUUUUGAGAAGACCAAGAAGAAAUAUCAAGGAAAAUUAAAGAAACUGGAAUUUCAGAUCCAGGCACUGACAGAGAGAUAUGAGGCACAGAUUCAUAUGCUGAAGCAGAGGUUGCUGGCCCUAGAAAACAAUGGAAUCCCACCAAAUGAAACUUCAUUAUAACAACAGAUGUUUUGUGAAGCUGAAUGGAUAUUUUUAUUCUGUGAUAUUUUUUGUUUCAAAAUCUGCUUUAAAUUUUUUUUUGAUGUGAAGACCACAUUUUUUUUUUGAGUUAUAAAAAAAAUAAGUUAAUCACAUUGAUGCCAUAGUAGUGAGUUUUGUUUGAAUUCAGCUGAUCAUGAUUUCAUGAUAUUUACUGUAUUAUUAUUAUAGUUAUUUAUUUUAGAAAUUCUUUAUAGUUUGUGCAUAGGUUGUUUGUGAUUGUACAGUAAGUUAAUUAUUUUGAGAUGGAAAAAAAUUGAGGCAAGUUUAAAAUCUAUCAAUAUGUACAAUGUAUAUGUUACUCAUAUUUUCCAAAAAACCAUUCUCAAAAAAAGAUAAAUAAAUUAUUUCAUAACAGUAUUGCCCUCCAAUGAUUUUAUUUACUGCGAGAAAUAAGUUUUUUUAAUCAUGUAUUAUCAUAAAUAAGAAUCAUACAUUUGUAUGAUGUCAAUUUCGAGAUAUUUUUCUUGGUAUUAUAAUGCAUUGUAUAAGUAUUGCACAUACUUAAAAUUUGAUUUAUGUCACAAGAACCUUUUCCUGCAUUGAGGCAUUUACAUGUAUACAAGUCAAGUAAUUAAGAAAGAAUCUCGGAUUUCUACCACAUGAUUUUUUUAUUCUGUGUUUGAGGUACCAGUAUUUUUAUGUAGAUUUUGGACACCCUUUUUAUUAAUUUUUUUUAAUUUUGCACUUUUUAUGUUAAUAUUUUGACAUUGCGAUUUUUAAAAAAAUAUUUAGAUAUAUUUUUAAUGUAAAAGAGUACACUUUCAUCUCCACAUCUUUGAUCACGAUGUUUCAAUGCAUUGUUUUAAAUUCACUCCUAACCUACAUUUGUAGGUAUUAAAAUUGGUCCCACCAUACUAAAUAUGAACUAAUUAAAAAAUAAUUAGUUGAAGUAAGAAAAAUGCAGUUUUUCAAAAGGCAAUGAAUUUCACGUAUUUGUAAUGUAUAAAUUGAGUAUCACAUGACCAACAGUAUUCAUUAGUGUAUAAAUGUAAAUAUUAUACGUAACUAUGUGUUCAACCCAUGGUGCUAGGUGUUAUUUAUGUGUACUUGAUAGUGAAACAUUACUGAAACUUGUGUAAUAUUGCAUUGUUACUUCAUGUAUUCAUGCAGCUUUAAUUUAUGAGACAGUUGAAUGACAUCAUCUGCUUAAAAUAAAGCAGUUAUUUUAAAUGUCUGCGACAUCUGCAUAAAACUAAUAAACAACACAUGAAAGAAAA